AUGUCUGUACUGAGCGACACUUUGCAUGCUGCAAAUGGGAACGAAGAAACAGUACCAAAAGUAGAUAUGUGUCCUCGCAGACUUUCAAGAGUUUCGCGCUUGAGGGAUAUGUUCCAAACUGGUGUUGUCAAACCAAUCGACGAUACUGAAGAUGGAUUUGAUGUAGAAAGUUCAGUGUUUUCAGCAUACACCUGUCCUGAUUUUGAAAGGUUUUCAAGAGCCUUUCCGGGGUCCCCACCUAUGAAAACUCUGCGCAAUCAUCGAAUAAGUCUAAACAAGAAUGAAUCGACUCAACAUAAUGUUACGUCAUCCAGAUCAGUUGAUGGAGGUUUCUCUAUACCGGAAUCACUUUCUCCCCUUAAAUCUCCACCCACAAGACCUCCUAAGCCUCGUCAUAUAUCUUUGUCGAAACCUACCGUUCUUGAAGAGGUGAAACUAAAACCGAUUUCUUCAAAAGUCGCUACCGAAAAUGCAUCUUGUAGUAGCGUUACAGAACCGGUGGACAUUUCCAACCAUUCGAUUACUAGCGUUGGUAAUAGCAUAGAUAAUCAACCAUCGACAGUCAAAGUAAAUGGAAGUUCGUUAAAUUCAACUACCAUUCGAAAUUCAACUCCUGUAACUAUUAUCAAAGCAGGACCGCAACAAACAUCCCAAGAUCCCGUUGAAUGUUUUUCUUAUGCUUCCAUAACUCCUUUAUAUUCAUCUAACAAGAUUGAGAAGGCGACUGAAAAUGAUGUAAAUAAUGCUAUAAAUAAUAAUGCUCAUCGCCAAUCCUACGAAACAGCCAUUCAACCCUCCGAAGAUUUAAAUUCACAAUCAACUCAUUCCAUAUGCAAUUCUUCUGUUGAUCAUCAAUGUACAAUAUCAAAUUCUUCGGAUGUCCAGGAUUUUGUUAUUCGACCUGAAGCAUUUCACAAGUCUCUAUUUCCUGAAAUUGUAUAUAAAGAUAACAUUAAUGAUCUUCCUGUACUACAACAUGCUGAACCUGUUGCAGUAAAUGCUGAAGAUGAUGAUGAUGGCUUAGAUGAAAAUAUUGACAAUACUGAAAACUCGUUUGAAAUUGUUAUUAGUUCAUCUCAGUGUAAUACAUCAUUUAAUCCACUGAUCACUUUACCUGUUCCGAAAGGAUUGAAUGUUGUGGCUGUUGAUGACGAUGGAGUUCAUAUUUUCGAAGAUGGUAACUUUCUGUACGCUCUUCCUGGCUUAACUGAUAAGUAUUCAGAUGAUUCAGAUUUUUAUGACUCACGUGAGGAUGUUACCAAUAUUUCCGACUUAAUAUCUCCUUCAUAUACUGCUGAACAAGUAAACGAUGAAGAAAAUGUUAAAACAAAUAUGGACAAAAUCCUUUCAGUAUCUUCAUCAUCUAAUUCACCAAAAUCAAUAACUACAAGGAAAUUAGUCAAUAAACGUUCAGGUAGCAGUGAUAGUCUGGUCAAACAACCGAGAGUUCGAUUUAGUUCCGAACCAAUUUUGGUGUUCAGUACUCAUUCCACUACAGAUUAUAAUCGUAGAAAUGAAGAAAUAGAUCCAUUGUCUGCUUCAGCAGAAUAUGAAUUAGAAAAACAUCUUGAAGAUAUGGAUAUGUUUGAAAUCGAUUUCCGUAAAGGUGUAAAUGGUCUCGGUAUUAGCAUAGUUGGUUCCGGUGUUGAUACUUCAUCUGGUGAACAGAAAUUAAGUAUAUUCAUUAAAUCAUUUACUCCUGGAGGUGCUGCAGAGGCUGAUGGUCGUAUUCAAGUGUACGAUCAGAUUGUUCAAGUAGAUGGCCAUAGUUUAGUUGGUGUCUCUCAACAAUUCGCAGCUCAAGUACUCCAAAAUACUGGGGAAAUCAUUCAUUUUGUUCUAGCCAGAGAAAAAGAUCCACCUAAUUCUCGCAUAGCAAAGAUAUUGACAGAAAAACAACAAGAGGAAGAUGAAGAGAAUAAUAAGGGAGAAGAGGAAAAGGCGGUUGAGAAAGAGUCAAAAUUGAAUAAUAAUUCAUCUGAUAAAUAUCAAGAGGUUGUGUCUACUCAAACCGAUAAUCCUAUAAACUUAUCAGGCGGUGAUUCUACCGAAGCUUUACAUAAUUUGAUUGCUGUAGCUACACGAUCAUUGAAAGAAGCUAAACAAUGGAACAAGGAUGAUGAUGAAGAGGAGGACGAGGAUGUGAUAGCUGUUGAUGAAAGUAGUGUAGAUUAUGAUAUGGAAUAUCUUAGUGUUAAUAAUAAUGAUACAAACGAUUCAUCACCUGUAAACAGUCUUUUUCAACAGUUUAGAAAUCUUCAAAUGGUAGUGAUAAUUCCUCGAUCAGCAUUAAAAGGUACAGCAACUGCAGCAUCGACUCGUCGACGUAACGAAGCUAUCAUGGAGUAUAUUCGUCAAGCUGUACUUAUCCAAGAUAAUGUAUAUUUACCAACUGAUCUAAUUAAUAAAGAUGACUACACUAAUAAAAGUCAAAAUUCAGAUAUAACUACAGACUGUGUUAGUACAGUGUCUUGGGCACUAGCCAGUGAAUUGCAUGAUCAUAGAAUUCAGCUACGAAAAUUCCAAUCACGUAUUCGAAAUCUAGAACAACGUUUGACUGCUCAAGAAGCUGCAGCGGAUGAAGCGAUAGAAAGACUUUGUCUACGUUGUCGUCAUUUGGAAUUAGAGCUUAAACAAUCACAACAAAAAUGUUCACAACUAAUCAUGUCACCAAAACAGCAGAAUAUCUCAAACUCUAAUAACUACUCUCCUGGAGCUAAUAACUUAUGUAAUCCAAUAUAUCAUUCAUCACUGUUGAAUGCCUCAACGUACAAAGAUGAUGAUGGAGUGGUGGUGUCUAGAGAAAAUCCUGAUGUCGUAUUGAAGAAAUGUUUUGGUCUAACUGAUACUGAUGAAUCUAUAGUUUCAAUUCCAAAUCAUGUAAGUCCCAAGGUGUCAGUGUAUGGACCUUACUCUUCUGAUGAUCAAGAUAAAGUUGAAGUGAACGGUUCUACUGAUAACCCUGUGAAUGUUAUACAUGAUGGUUAUUCAACUACCGUGGAAGUACCAUUAUUUGUUAGACAAGUGGAAGAUCGAACUCGAAUUGUCAGUUCAGGUGGUUUAGCUCGUCGACGUCCACCUACAAAAAUUGUUAUAAAUUCACCGUUCUCUUCAUUGCAUGGACCCUUUGCUACUUCAUUAUCUGAACCUCAAGUGCCAUCGGUCACAAAUCCCUUUAAUUCUAAUAACUAUGAUUCUUGCUUGAAUAAAUCAUCAAAUGUUAUAUCUAAUACAUCUCAACCUCCACGUCCCGUUCCUCCACAUUCAUUUAUGUUCCAUCGUUCCUCUUCAAAUGAAAAACAAGCUUCUUCAUGUCAGUCGAAAUUAACAUCUGCCAGUUUAGUAGAUUCAAAAGGCAGUUCAACACAAACGACACCUUCACGUAAACCAGUAGGUGGUUAUCAACUACCAGGACUUUCAGAUAACUCGUUUUCCACUGUUCUUCGACGUACUAAUAUUUGUACAGAUCUAUUGUUGAUAAUUACUUCUUUCAGUCAUUGA